CCGCGCUCCUGCCCCGCGCUGCCGGAGCCCCAGCGGAUUCCUUCGGGGUUUUUUGUUGUGGUGGUUUUUUUGUGUUUCCCUCCCCCCCAUCGUGCUGUAUGUGUUGGGUUUUCUCAUCACCUGCCACGCGUAACUUUCCUGUGACUCGGUUUAACUCCUGAGAUCUCCAUGGAUGUUGCUCAGAGCACUUUUCUCGCCUUCGCUGUCCCUCGCUGGGAUCGGACUUCACACUAACCGGACUCGGGGUGCCUGUCUGUGUGCUCUGAGUGUCUUGAAAUUUUGCUUUCCCUUUACAAGAGCUACGCAUUCACUGUAGCCAAGACCUGUGAAUGACCAUAGGCUUGGCUUGACCUUGAUUUUGAUGGCUUUGUUGGAAGAUCUGGUGAUGUGAUUGCAUUUCUUGAAGUGAUUGUUCUCCAGCCCCUCUGGCUUAGGGUUUAAGCCACUUCUGCCACACUGUCACUCACGGACAAUUCAGAUAUUUUUUUUAAAAAACAAACCUUUUGGCUAUUUUACUUUUCUCCUUUUGCCUUUCCCUCCAUUUCUCCUUAACAUUGGGAGCCUUAUUCUGUACUUUGAUGUGACUGAUUGUCCUGCUGCUUCGUGCUGCUGAUUUCUGUUUUAAAGUACAAUGGCUCUAAGUGGCAACUGCAGGACUUACCUUCCUGCUCGAGAGCAGGGGACUGGGCUGCUCUCCUUCCCAGAGGUGGUGGAGCUGAACGUGGGUGGCCAGGUUUACUUCACUCGCCACUCCACCUUGGUUGGCACCCCUCACUCCCUGCUCUGGAAAAUGUUCACCCCAAAGAGGGACACAGCCAACGAUCUGGCCAAGGACUCCAAGGGAAGGUUCUUCAUUGACAGAGACGGUUUCCUUUUCCGCUACAUUCUGGACUAUCUCAGGGACAAGCAGGUGGUUCUACCCGACCACUUCCCAGAGAAGGGGAGGCUCAAGAGGGAGGCUGAGUACUUCCAGCUCCCAGACUUGGUCAAACUCCUGACUCCUGAGGACAACAAGCAAAGCCCCGACGAUUAUUGCCACAGUGACUAUGAGGAGGUGUCCCAGGGCAGUGACACAAGAAUAUGCCCGCCCUCGUCGCUCCUGCCGCCUGACCGCAAGUGGGGAUUCAUCACCAUCGGGUACCGGGGGUCCUGCACCAUUGGCAGGGAGAGCCAAGCAGAUGCCAAGUUCAGGAGGGUCCCGAGGAUUUUGGUUUGUGGAAGGAUUGCUCUGGUCAAAGAGGUCUUUGGAGAAAGUCUGAAUGAAAGCAGAGACCCAGACAGGGCUCCAGAGAGGUACACCUCCAGGUUCUAUCUCAAGUUCAAGCACCUGGAGAGGGCUUUUGACAUGUUGUCUGAGUGUGGAUUCCACAUGGUGGCCUGUAACUCCUCGGUGACAGCUUCCUUUGUCAACCAGUACACAGAUGACAAGGUCUGGUCCAGCUACACUGAAUAUGUCUUCUACCGGGAACCCUCCCGCUGGUCCUCGUCCCACUGCGACUGCUGCUGCAAGAACGGCAAGGGCGACAAGGAGGGCGAGAGCGGCACCUCCUGCAACGAGCUGUCCACCUCCAGCUGCGACAGCCAGUCCGAGGCCAGCUCGCCCCAGGAGACCGUCAUCUGCGGCCCCGUCACCCGCCAGCCCAACAUACAGACUCUGGACCGGCCGGCCAAGAAGGGGCCGGUGCAGCUGCUGCAACAGUCCGAGAUCCGCAGGAAGAGCGACCUGCUCCGGACUCUCACCUCCGGCUCCCGGGAGUCCAACUCCAGCAAGAAGAAAGCGGUGAAGGAGAAGCUCUCCAUCGAGGAGGAGCUAGAGAAGUGUAUCCAGGAUUUCCUCAAAAUCAAAAUCCCAGACAGGUUUCCGGAAAGGAAACAUCCCUGGCAAUCCGAACUGCUGCGGAAGUAUCACCUAUAGGCUCAGGGUGGGGAGAGCACACGACCUUGUUACCCUUAGAUUAACAUUCUAAGUCAUAUGAAAAUAAUUCCCAAUAAUAAUUAUUUGUUAGGUCACACACACACAAAAAAAUUCAAAAAAAAAAAAUCAAAAAAAUCCAUCUCUAUAGUACUGCCUAAUUUGCCUAUUUCACCUUAACAUGUAUACUCAUAGGGUAAGGGUAUUUUUCCAGUCGUGGAAGCACAAAUGCUUUUAUUUGUAAACUCUGCAUCUCACACAAGCUGAACACCUUGAGGGCACAACCCUUCCCACAGCGGGGAUGGCUGCUGCACAGGGAGGGGCAGCUGGGGGCUGCAAGCCCACCCAUGCUCCUGUCCUGGGUGGGAGAGGGUGUGCACA